UCCAAAAAUGAUCUCUCCAAGGUACAAAACUGUGAUUCAGGGUGAAGCUUCAGAGACUGAUUCAGAGGAAGAAAUCCAUACUUCUACCUUGCCCCAGGCUCCCUUCUGCAGCCUUUCUGGAUCCCAUGUGGUUGGAGAAGCCUCUGAAACAGAUGAGGAGGAAGAAGCCAGAAAUCCCGCUGGAUCAAAAGCAGAGGCUAAAUUGAUCAGCCCAGAUUUACCUCCCCUGAUUGUUUACAGGAGUGAGGACUUGGGCUCUCCCACGGCGGUAGAAGAGAAGCCCGCCCUUCAUAUCAAACACCGGGGCCGAUAUAGCACCCUGUUGCAGCAGAAGCUGGUUGAGAGUAAUGCCCGCUUGUACUACGACAUCAACAACACCAUCAAGCAGGUCUACCAAACGGCCGUCAAGGAAAUUGGAGCCAUUACCGGGCAGCUGAGCAAUUCCCAAAAUGGCAUCAUCAGCGCUUCACACAACAUCCGGAUCAUUCUGGAGGACCUGCAGGCCGUGGCAGACAAGAUAGACAUUAUUACCAGCUGCAGUUUGUUGCCUGAUAUCCAGAUCGAGGUGCCUCCAGCGCACACUUAACAGACGGAUGAACUGCUUCCUGCACGUGGCUGCUCAGGGACGUUAGGUUGGUUGGGACCCCGGUUGUAAAGCACAGCAGAAAACUGAAAUGGAGCCGGUUUUCCCUGGAGAAAUAUUUGCUGCCUAUUGGAUAUUUAAAUCCUCGACAGUCUGGCUGUAGCCCUUGCAACUAAGGCUGAACUGGACAAAAGAAAAUUGCUUUUGCUGUUUUUCGGGAAAGGGAUGAUCCCAUUUCAAGAGAGAGUGUCUUCUCCCUGUUAAUGUUUCCCACAAUAUUUUUAAAAAGGUAGACUUGGUUGCACCAAGUUUGGAGGCACUUAAGAGCCUGUAAACAUAGCAUCACUUUGGACUCAUGUGAGUUUGUCCAAAGAUGCUAAACUGCCUUCCUUGAGACACUUAGGUUAUUCAUUUGGAGGGAUGAAUGGUCGGAGUAGGCUUAAGAAAAAUAAAUUGUGCAGCUUCAAAUGA